AUGAAGAUCUCCCAUCUAUUCUUCGCUGAUGAUAGCCUUGUGUUCUUUAAAGCUACAGUUGAGGAAGCCAUGGUGGUUAAGAACUGUCUGCUUGAGUAUGAACGUAUGUCGGGUCAAGCAGUGAAUUUCUCCAAAUCAUGCAUUAUCUUUAGUAGGAAUGUGGGAGUGCAAAAUGGCAAUGCAGUAGCGGCUACCUUUGGAAUGCACAGAUCCGAUUCUUCGGGUAAAUAUUUGGGGUUGCCGCUUGGUAUUGGGAGAAACAAGAAAGAGGUUUUUCGCUAUAUUGAGACUAAGUUGCAGCAACGCUUCCGGGGAUGGAAUAACAAAAUUCUCUCAAGAGCAGGUAAGGAGGUUCUGCUUAAAAGUAUUGCUCGAUCUUUCCCUACUUAUACUAUGAGUAUGUAUUAUCUUCCUAUUACCUUUUGUGAAUCUUUGGAAAGGCUCAUGAAUCGGUUCUGGUGGAACGCGAAAGGUGCUGGAAGGAAAGCAAAACAGGGAUGGAGAAUUUUAUCGCAGCCUGAUUCAAUUGUGGCAAAAAUUUUCAAGACCAGAUACUUCCCGAGAAGCUCUUUUCUUGAGGCAAAUAUAGGGGCCAAUCCAAGCUAUUGUUCGCGCUGCCAGUUUCGCCUGAGUAUGAGGGUAAAUGGUGUUGGCGUGGUGAUCUGCGUGGCAUAUUUUCGGUUAAGCAAGGCUAUCGUUUACCAAUGGGGAACACAGAUAAUGUUAUACCCUGAAACUGUGUUGCAUCUUAUGAGAGAUUGCCCUUACACUCGUGAUUUGUGGAAUGAUGUACCGCCCAUUAUAACUAGCGCCAAUUCUGAUUCACUGGAAGAAUGGUUGGCUGGUUGGCUAGGAGCUAAGGACACUGAAGUUAAGCAUGUUUUUGUAGCUCGUUGCUGGACGGUGUGGAAGGCUAGGAAUGAUUUUGUUUGGAGUCACGUUCCAUGGUCUCUGGAAGGGGUGAUGGCGCAGGUUAAUAAUCUUUUGGAAAGUUGGCAGACUACCAACUCCAGCACCACUCAUGUGCAUGUGAAUGGACCGACAAUUGUGGAUAAUGGUGUCACGCCUCAAGCCUUAUACUUCAUUAAUGUAGAUGCUACUAUCUUCGCUGAAAGGAAUGAGGGUGGGGUGGCAGCGGUGGUUCACGAUAGGCAGGGGACAUUUAUAGCGGGUCGGAAUAAAACGGUACGAUGUCUUCAAGAUCCACACCUUGCGGAGGCGAUGGGUAUAAAAGAGGCGUUAUCCUGUGCAAUGGAGUGCGGGUGGCGAAAUCUGGUGAUCUUGUCAGAUUGUCAGUUGGUUUGUUCUUCCUUGAGGUCCUCGGCUCUUUAUAACUCUUAUGUGGGUUGUGUCCUCAAUGAUUGCUUUAGUCUAAAACGGCAGUUUGAUUAUGUGUCGUUUCGUUUUAUCUAUAGAUCAGCGAAUAAGAUUGCUCAUGUGUUGGCACGUGAUGCUUCUUCACUGUCUGGUCCUCGUAGUUGGUUUUCAGAUUAUCCUUUAUGUAUUCAGUAG